UACCUACAACAACCUGAAAUCAAUCAUUUGCAUCGAGGUCAGAAGUACAGAAAAGAAGAACAAUGCAAUCAGGAAUAUCAGUCACCCCAGAACUCCACGAUGCAUUCCACUCCUUCGCAUCCGACUCCUCCAUCUUCUGUCUCCCCGUAACCAUCACUGCAGAGAGCCUAACCCCUCUCCCGACGAUCCCCUUCUCAUCGUCUCACGGCCCGGAAGCCUUCUACGCAUCCCUCCCGAAACUCUCCUCAACCCUCCAACCCAAGGUUCCCAUCUACCUACUCCUCCGCAAGCCGCAGGAUAAUGCAUCCGAGUCGUCUCUUGUGGCAUUGACGUACAUCCCAUCGAACGCGCCGGUGCGGGCCAAGACGAUAUUCGCCUCUACCCGGUCCACGCUGGUCAGGGAAUUGGGCAGUGAGAAGUUUGCGGAGACUAUCUUCGCUACCGAUGAGGAUGAGGUUGUCGGUGAGGCUGUCUGGCGGGAGAGGGAGGCCGAAGGGAAUGGGAACGGUGCCUCUGCCGGGUUCAGACGGGAGGAUCUGAUGGAUGAGAAGGAGCGAGAGUUGCAGGCCGUUCGGAGGGCGGAGGAGGAGGCGAGGAUUGGAACGCCUCAGAGGGAUAUUGGGAUUGGAGGAACUUUCGGGAGAGGGAAUGCUACUUCGGGCAUGAGCAUUUCCAUGCCUGUGGAGGAGAAGGCGAGGGCUGCUUUGAGGGAGCUGCGGCAGGGUAGUCUGGUACAAUUGGCAAUUGACAUCCCAAGGGAGACAUUCACGCUCGAGACCUUGCAGCCGGAAGUUGACGCAGGCUCCGUCUCUUCACACAUCUCCCCGUCUUCGCCCCGAUACACAUUCUACCACUAUCCAGGUUCUGAAGCGUUGAUUUUCAUUUAUACUUGCCCGUCAAAUUCAUCGAUCAAGGAACGCAUGCUGUACGCUAGUUCUCGCAGGCAUGCUAUCGACAUUGCUGAGAAUGAAGGGCUCAAAAUCCACAAGAAGGUAAGUCCUCUCACAAGCAUUGUCUGGUAUGAUAAAGGCUUUGACAGACUAACAAUAAAAAUUCCUUAGAUCGAAGCGGGCGUGCCAGAGGACAUCACCCGCGAAAGGUUGCACGAAGAGGUGUAUCCUCCGCAGGAUCAAGGCCCAAAGCGCGGGUUCGCAAAACCGAGACGGCCAGGCAGGUAAAUCCGAUAUCAGUCCAUUUUCUGAAGGAUUUUCUGAUCUCUCGUCCAUCGGAAUGCCCGUUAUCCCAUAGAUAGUUGUGCCGUUCACAGAGUGAUGAGUGCCCGUCGAGAUCGGCCUCCUCGUUUCAUUUGAACCCUUCGUUUAGAUAUUCGUAAGGAAUAAAGCCACACAAUCCUUCCUCAAGUAGCGACAAUAGUGCAAAGAGGCACAAAGUCCGCUCCUGUUCAUACCGUCGCAAUGGUCAACAAAGGAGCGCGAUGGAAAGACCACAGCGACGAUCAAUGAUUUCGAAAACUUUUCUUCUGGUAGAACAAAUCCGUCCUCGAACUACCCAAGUUUAUAAUUUUCGGGCACCCAUCUCGAUCCUUCUCUAAUCGGGUGCACUCAAAGCAGUAGAAAGCAUCACUGAUUCCCUCGCCACCGCACACCACACACUUGUUCUGAUAGUUUCCGAAAGAACAUUCAUCGCAGAUGCGAACGAGAGUAGUAGGCCGCACGUAUGAAUCGCAGACGGGACAUUUGCCAUCGCAUUUGUCACAGACCCGGCCGAUUGAGAUGCCAGGCUGCUUUCGGCACAUGACGAGAUCGGGAUGAUGGCGAGACAUUUUGGAAUUUAGGGAUAGCUAGCUGUGAAAUCAACUUCGAUGUUAUGAGAGAUGUUCUUUGGUGAGAAUAUUGUAAUUGGAGUAUGAGGUGAUCGAAGAAGAGAUGGGGGAAAUAAAU